GUUGAAACAACGAACAUAAUUAUAUAAAUUGUUUCCUAAUUCAACUUCCCGGCUCUUUUCGUAUCUCUCUCUCUCUCUCUCUCUCUCUCUCUGAGACACACACACACAGAUGGAUAAGAUGAUCGCCAACGCGGGGAAAGAUGUUCUUGCUAUGCUCGUCAAGGCGGCCCAGCAACAGGGGAUGGAGGGUAGUGAAGGAGACUGGGAGGUGUUUUUAAGUAAGAAUGACAAACUAUUCGGGUCUAGAAUACGUGAUCCAAGAAAGAAGUCCGCUGUUAAAUUGGCUCGUUUUCUAAAGACAUUUAGCCGAGAGGAUGAUUUAAAGUUUUUCGAUAACAAAAUGCACUGGUAUUCUAAGCAGGAUAUACUUAGGAAAUUCAUAGAGGAAUCCAGAGAAGUUGAAUCCCCUGUGCAGAUGCUGGUUCGCUUAACUCUUGAACACCCACACUACCCAUUAGAUUAUUCAUUUCCGUCACAUGAGGAGACUUCAGGGAUGUUUGAGAAUGAAGCUCAGUACAAACCAGAUAAGAAAUUUCCCAAAAUGCUUGCCGUUGAUUGUGAGAUGGUUCUCUGUGAAGAUGGCACUGAAGCUCUAGCGAGGGUUUGUGCUGUUGGGCACGAUCUACAGGUCAAACUUAACGAACUUGUAAAUCCGAAUAAAACAGUUGCAGACUAUAGGAGUGAAAUUACUGGGCUCACUGCAGAAAAUUUGGAUGGAGUAACUUGUUCAUUGGCUAAUGUACAGGAAUCAAUGAAGAAGCUUUUACGGGAUGGUAAAACAAUAUUAAUUGGCCACAGUUUGAACAAUGAUCUAAAAGCUCUAAAGUUAGAUCAUGGAAGAGUGAUUGACACCUCUUUGAUCUUCAAGCACGGGGAUGAGGCUAAUUUCAGAAGACCUUCUUUGAAUAACCUGUGCAAGGCUGUGUUGGGAUAUGAAGUCAGGAAGGAGGGUGCUCCCCACGAUUGUCUAGAUGAUGCAACCCCUGCAAUGAAACUAGUUCUGGCCAAGAUAGAGUCUGGAUUAGACAAUGCUAUACCGCUGGUUCAUGAGGGUGUGCCUGAGAUCAAAAAGUCAAAGCUACUUCUCCACAGGAUACCAGUCAAUGUGCCCGGUGAAGAAUUACAUAAAAUUAUUCCUGGAGACUUUACAAUUGAGAUCAGGCCCAACAAAAAGGCUGGAGGAAAGAAGUAUUCUGCCUUUGCCAAUUUUAAGAAUCAAGAAGAGGCAAAUCAAGCAUUUGAAAAUAUCGAUGGAUACCGGACUACCACAUAAAUGCGUUUCAUUCCAAUAUGAUUCUGGAUCGAUUGAUAGCUUUUGUGUUCGUAAAAUGACAAGUGAGGGUUUUCUUGGCCAAGUUUCAUCGAGGAAAAGAUCAUUCCAAGUUGAGGAGACCACCACAGGCGAGUCCAAGAAGUUGAAGUCAGGUCAGGAAGCUGGAGAGCAGACUAAGGCAGGGUCAAACCUUUGUGAUGGUCACUUGAAGGAGAUUGAAAGACUGAAGCAAGAACUGAGACAGAGGGAUGAGGAAAUCUCUGACUUGAACAAGAUCAUAGUUGCUCUUACAAGGAAACAAGGACUUUUCUCUACAGUGUUGGAUGCUUAAAAGAGUGCCUUUUAAUUGUUGGCAUUUUUGGCUGUUGGCAGGUGAGUUUGGCUGGAGAGUAACCCAGGGAUGGUGAUUAUGACUCUGCUGCUGAAUUUUAAAUGAGAUUCGGAGGGAUAAAAUGUAGUGGUUGUGGUUGGAUGUGCUUGCAUUGGUGGCAUGGCAUCAUUUUGGGUACAACUUUACUGCUUGUGUUUGGAAUUUUUGGUGCUGAUGGAACCAAAGGUCUUUGCUACUAACACUCUGCCAUGAAGUACAUCAUUAACUAUUUCAUAUUUUUUUUUUUUUUUUUUUUUUUGGUUUUCUUCUCUAUUUGUAAUGAACUCUCUAUUUGUUUGAACUAUGGGGAUUCCGUCUAGUAUAGAAUAGUAGUAUGAACUGAUAGUUCUGGUGUUAGGAAUGUACUGUUUAAUCAUUUUGAUGAUUAUGGAAACUUCUAGAAUUGUCUGGCAGCUUGUUCAAGUCAUGGUUAAUUGCCCAUUGUUCUGCUCGUGUUUUAACAAAUGGUUAUGCGAUAAGUCCAGUGGAUAAAUAUUUGGAGA